AUGUUAUCAGCUGAAGAAGUUCGUCACAAAGAGCCUUUUUUGAAUCCUGAAGCAUUAGGAGCAGUUUUUGUUCCUAGAGAAGCCAUCGUUGAUCCAUGGUCAUUUUCGGUUUCCCUUGCAUUACUGGGGAUAUCUCAAGGAGGAAAGAUUUUAAGGGGAUGUAAGGUAGAGGGGGGGAAGAGGAAGCCAGAAGGAUUCUGGGAGCUGUCAACCAGUCAGGGAUUGAUUGAAGCCAAGCUUGUCAUCAACUGUGCAGGCUUGUUUGGGGAUAUCGUUGAAGAAAUUAACCGUCCUUCACCCUUCGCAAUCAAGCCACGGAAAGGACAAUAUGCAGUCUUUGAUCAGUCUGCACAAAAUCUUCUGAACUCUAUCAUUUUCCCUGUUCCAACAGAAAGAACGAAAGGAAUCCUUGUAUUUCCUUCUGUCUAUGGGAACAUAGUGGUUGGACCAACUGCUGAAGAUCAAUCUGAUCGUAAUGAGGCUAAAAUAGAUGAAAAAGUUAUAGACACGCUUGUUGAAAGAGCAUAUUACAUCGUUCCUGGGCUGAGAGAACAUAAAGUCAUUGGCACCUAUGCUGGCCUAAGACCAGCGACUGAGCACAAAGACUACCAGAUUGAAUCUCUACCACAGAGAAACUGGAUUACAGUUGGUGGGAUUAGAUCUACUGGACUUUCUGCCUGUCUGGGAAUUGCAAAACAUAUUUCUUCAAUGUUACUAUCAUAUUUUCCAAGCCAUCCUACUUCUGAUACACCCAAACUCAAUGUGUCUGGAAGACAAUUUUGUGAAAAUGAAAAAACAUUGGUGUUUGAGGACCAGAAGUUCAUGGUCACUCAUCCACUGACUAGAUUUGGUAUUAAUACAAGCACUGGGCUACUAAAAUUCAAAUCUUUUAUAAAGUAA